AAUACGGCCAUAUAUUGACUGCGAUCGGGCAGGCAAUGUCAGUGUGCGGACAUACGGAGACAGGAGAGGUCCAAUUAUUUCAAGCGUUUUAGUUUUUGAGGGGGCCGACUCGUCGUUAUAAAGGAGGCGAAUCGAAACAACACAAUGAGGAGUUUAAUCCUCGUCGUCGCCAUCUCAGCGCUGGCCUGGGCCAGGCCUGAAACAUACAAGGAAACCGAAGAGUUCCAGUACGCCAGAAGCUCAUCAGACGAAGGAAGUAAAUCCGGCUACUAUGGUGCUCAAAGAGGUAACGUGGCAGGCAACUACGAAAAAGCACACAACAUGGACACUCUAGCUCAGCAUCAAAUGAGUGGAGCCAUAAACCAAGUACAAGGAGAACUAGGUGAUGCUUCGAAAACUAGAGCUGGAAGCGUUUAUACGGCUGCUAACACGGCAGGACUCUAUGGAUCCGGCCAUCACGAUCUGAGCAACCUUCAUGGAAGGCAUUUUGGAGAAAGCUCAUCUUCUGACAGCAGUCAUUCUUCUUUGUUGGCUUCUAACCAACAUUCUAACUCUGACUGGAGAAGCCAGUCUCAGCAAAGUGGGUAUGGUGCAUCAAGCCAGUUAGGACAAUCGUCACUGCAUUCAGGAAGCUUGCACGCCGCGGAUAGCGCUGGCUAUGGAUCUAGCCUUGGAAGCAACAGUCAUAGCACUGGUUAUCAUUCAGCGUCUGGAUACCAAUCUCAUUCGGGGUAUAACUCUCAAAACCUUUAUGACCAAAGCAGUUUAACUGGACAGUCCGGAGCCUAUGGAACUGGAGACCAAAGUCGUCGUUACACCGUAGUAACACCAGUAAGGCUCGUAGGAAGGCCCGGAACUCAAAUAGCGAUACCGGUUUACGGAGAGGCUGGUUAUGAUGCCUACAGAGCUUCCUCUUCCACGGGCCAAAGUUCUAGCAACAGGUAUGCCUCGCAAACAGCUGCUUCUUCAUUCGAUCAAAAUGCUAUUAAUAGUGAAGCUGAAGUUUUGAACAACAACCAGCUACAUAUCGGCUCUGUUCCAGCGCCUAACGGGAAGCAUUACUCUUCCUCGUACAACUAUCACAAAGCUUGGGAAAGGCGUGGCGAAUCCACCGAUGCACCAGUAACAGUCGCACCUGUAGUUAAUCCAUUGUCUGUAAAUAGUGAAUUAUAUGAAGACGCUCAAGGGGCCAGUGCCAAUUCUUACGAUUCUGCCAAUAGAUACAACAGCUACUCAGGAUCGAGUCAAUCCAGUCACCAAGCGGAUUAUAGAUCCCAGCACAAUGCUCAAGCCAGUUCUCAGUCCAACCUUAACUCAAACGCCUACACGCAAGGAGCACAUGGUAGUCACUCUGGACUCGCGCCUCUUGUAGAUGCCCAGCCUAAAAGUUACCAAUCCUCUUAUGCCUAUCACAAGUCAUGGGAAAAACAGGGCGAUCCCUAUGUAAUCUACCCAUCAGGGACAACUGGAGAAGCAUCACAGCGAAUUGUUUCCGGUACUAAAAACGCUGCUUCAUCGCAACGUUAUGGUUCCCAUCAGCAAUAUUCUCAUGGAAGUGCUGUAGACUGCGAUAGUCUGUGCAGGUAUCGUCGGUCUACACGCUCUGCCGAUUAUUACCAGCAGGAUCUCGGACAACACGCUCAAACAUCUUGGGAUCAAAGCCUUUCUCAACAGACUCAAGACUCGUUUCAGCAACACGGCCAGUCGGCAAACCUUGAAGACCUAGGGCAACAGACUCAAAAUCUCGAAGAUUUCGGUCAACACAGCCAGUCAGCACACCUUGAAGACCUAGGGCAACAGACGCAAAAUCUUGAUAACCUAGGUCAACAAACACAAAAAUCUUGGGGUAACAGUCAACAGCAGAGCCAACCUCAAAAUCUUGAAAAUUUUGGACAGCAUAAAACACAGGGUAAGUGGCAUGAGUUAAAUCAAAAAUUUGAAAGUAAUUUAGAGGACCUUGGCCAACACACUCAACAAUCAUGGAGUAGCAUUGAACAACAAGCAAGUCACACACAGGGCCAGUGGCAUGACAUGGCAACUCACAGUCAUCAAUCUGAACAAACUUUUGGAAAUUUAGAUAAUUUCGGACAACAAACACAAAGUAAGUGGGACAAUAUAGAAGGCCUAAGUCAACAAACACUAAAAACUGAAGACUUAGGACAAAAAACUCAUAAUAAUUGGGAUGAAUUAGAUCAAUUGGGACAACAAGUACAAACACAAUGGAAUAACAUAAAUAAAACACGGCACACCGACACAAACACAGAACAACAAACUCUGACACAUUUUGGAAGUGUUAAUGAGGUAAAACCUAACAGAGAGCAUGCUGGAACCACUCUAAACACCUUCAAUAAAGAAAACCCAGGCGCUCACAAUCCUGCCGAUCUUGAGUUUUGGGGUCUGACCAAUAAUCAAAAGCAUGAAAACAACCAUUACUACAAUCAACACAGUUAUAAUAAUCCAAAUUCUUAUUCAAAUUCACAGGGUCAUGGCGUUAGUUGGGGACAACAUGUCAAUAACAAUAACGCGCAAACAUCUCACAAUAACCCCUUGCAAAGUAUAUGGGACAAAAUAGACAAUAUGGAAGAGCAAUCUGAGCAUUCAAAUGAAAAUCAGCAACAUACUGAGUAUCAAAAUUCACAACACUCAUACGGACAGGAAAAUACCUCUCAACAUGAAAGCAAUUGGGGAAGUAACAACAGUGCAUACCAUUGGAAUCAACAACAAACACACAGUUCAGGAUACCAGCCUUCUAUUAUUUUCAAUAGUACAAUAGAUAAACCAAAGAAUGACCAACUGCCUACAGAAGUUGCACCUGAAAAACCCAAAGAUGACGACGACGAUGAAACACUGGAAGAACCUGAACCAGUUGAAGUUGGCCGCGGAGAUAUUGGUGCUGAAGGUGACUCGAAAACUACACCAAAAUCUGUUCAAAAUUAUCUAACAUACUCAACCCAAUUAAAGCCAGAAAAGAGCCCUGAAGAAAUCGAAGCAUUAAGCUUAUCAAGGGGCACUGAUCAAUAUACAACUGAGUCAGAUACACUUAGUGUUUUAAGCAUAAGUCAACAAAAAUGGCUUGAUGAACAACGGCAAAGGGCUACAGAAGAAUUACACCAGAUUAGUCGCUCUAAAUCAUCAACAACUACUCCACAUUCAGUAAAACUCACAACACCUCAUGGUCAAACUGGAGCACAACAUUUCAUGGGACAGCCAGAGGAAAUACAGGAGCAUGAUAAAUCUGAGAACAUACAGAAAAAUUAUCAUAAUUUAGAACAACAAAAUACAAUGCAGCAAAACCAAGAUUUUCAUCAACAAAAUCAACAACACCAUGUCCAACAGUCCCAGGAUAUGGGUCAGCACCAUCAAAACGUUGACCAGCACACGCAAAACUUUGAUCAACAAAAUACAGAACAGCAAUUCGAAGAUAUUGGACAGCAAACCCAAGAUUUAAACCAACAAAAUCUACAUGAGUUUACUAAUUUAGGUCAACAACAAAGCCGGAAUUUUGACCAACAAAACACACAGGAAAUUGGACAGCAAAGUCAAGAUUUAAGUCAGCAAAAUCUUCAACAGUUCCACCAUUUAAAUCAGCACACCCAAAAACAUGACCAACAAAAUACAGAACAGCAAUUUGAAGACUUUGGACAACAAACGCAAGACCAACAAAAUCUACAAGAGUUUUCUAAUUUGGGUCAACAUAGCCAGAGUUUUGACCAACUAACCACAGGAGAUUUUGCACAGCAAAAUCAAGAUUUAAGUCAGCAUAAUCUCCAACAGUUUCACCAUUUAGGUCAGCACACCCAAAAACUUGACCAACAAAAUACAGAUCAGCAAUUCGACUUUGGGCAACAAACUCAAGAUCUAACCCAACAAAAUUUACAACAAUUCUCCAAUUUAGAACAGCACAGUCAAACCUCAUAUCAACAUGAAGCUAGAGAAUUUGUAACUCAUUCACACACACAGGUAGCUGAAGAACAGAAAAUUACUCCUGUCAGUGACCAUGGUUCCCAAACCAAUCCGAAACAAGACAUCGAAAUAGUUCCACCCUCUGUCACAACAACGGAAAAGCCCGGUUUUUGGAAGUCGGUGGGUGGCAAACUUACCAGUGCUAAAGAUUCUGUUGCUUCAUGGUUUAGAAGAAGCUAAAUUUGGUAUUUACCACUAUGUAUUAAUUUAUAAGAGGAAAUUAAUAGUUUAAAUCAUAUAAAACUAGUCAUAAUGCUUAAAUUGCUAGAAGAAAUAAAUUUUAUAAAUAUUUAA